AUGAGAGCACUAGAGUGGGAAAUCCGCAGCAUCAAGCAGAGCCUUUCUGCUACCCUCGACGAGCUUCGCAGCCUCAACUCUUCGGUCACCUCCAUGCCGCAACUGCCCUGGGGCAACUUCACCUCCAACUCAGUGCGCUGCACGCUCGCAUACAACUGGUCUCAGAUCAUUGAGAAGGAGGACCAAGGGAGAGUUCAAUUGGGAGGUCUAGGGCAUCUCAUGCAGAUCGACAGAUUCGAGGUCUGGGUCUGCGACUAUGACAACCGAUGUGUCCAGCAGACGGGCGACGCCAUGUGCUUUGUGUUCGAUGAAGUCCAGGAGGUCUUUCUUCCAUGGGGACUUGACUCGCAACUGCUCUUGACUCAGCAAGGACCCUUCCAGCCUGACCUUGCCGUCUCCCACAUCCUUGCUAAACUCAAGGCCCUCGAGCAGGAAAUUCGCUCGGGGGGAUGCGGGGGGUCGUGCGUGAGCCGGCAGGACGUGCAGCAGCUGCUGGACCAGUACUACCUGGAGCCCGGCUACCUGUGGAGCGCCGGCAGCUUCAGCGAGUGCAGCAGCCUGUGCGGCAGCGGAGUGGCGAGGAGAAGCAUCACGUGCAUCUCGAAGCUCCUCGAGCAGGUCGAGGACAUUCGCUGCUCCAACCGCUCGAAGCCUCUGGCGGAAGUUCCCUGCCUCAACCUCUCCCAGUGCUCCUACGAGUGGGAGGUCGGCCCCUACAGCGAGUGUCUCAACGGCUGCGGCCAAGGCCUUCGGCGACGAUCAGUGUCAUGUAGGAGGAGUGACGGGGUCACUGUAGAGAUUGGUAAGUGCCAGGGUUGGGCUCCCGUCAACGAGGAGCCCUGCUCGAAUUUCUCCUCCUGCUCCUACCGCUGGACCCCCUCCGCCUGGGAAGCAUGCUCCAGCACCUGCGGGCCUGGCUUGCAGUACCGGUCGGUGAUGUGCGUGCGGUCGGACGGGGUGGAGGUGGGGGAGGGGAUGUGCGAGGGGUCGAAGCCGAGGACCUUCCAAGCCUGCACGGGAGCGUCGGGCUGUAACUACACCCUGAUCAACGAGUGCGCCGCUCACACCGACAACUGCGCGACCCACGCGAGCUGCAUCGACACCUACUCGAGCUUCGAGUGCAGCUGCAAGCCAGGGUUUGUCGGAUCUGGAACCGUUUGCGAGGACGUGGACGAGUGUGAAGCUUUGAGUGCUUGUGCAAGCGAGGUGAGGCAGGCGAAGCAAGAUUUCUACCUCGACGUCGAUUCCUCCUCCUGCCUCAGCUGUCCCACAGGUCAGUACGCGUCUAGUCUCGGACAAACGUCAUGCACCACCUGCGCCCCCGGCUUCUACGGCUCCUCGAACAGCAGCUGCAGCUCGUGCCCCCCCGGCUCCUCGUCCCCCGCAGGAAGCACACUGGUAUCCGACUGCCAGUGCCAGUACGGCUUCUCUGGGAGCAUCUCAACGGCUGCCGACAGCUGCUCGCCCUCCUCCAGCGCAGAGGAGCAGUCGCGCUGGUUCAGACUCGGAGCAGUCGGCCAGUCAUGCGCUGAGACGUGCGCAGCAGAGGGGAAGACGUGCGUGAGCUCGGCGAUCAACCAGAUCGACAACGAGGAGGCGAUGCGAUCGGCCGUGAGGGCGGCGAGCAUCGCGUCCGAUCGACGUAUCCGAGGAGCGAUGACGGAGCCGCAGCAGAGGCCUGGGGGCCUUCACUUGCGGGUGAGCGCGGGCGCGAAUGAAAGAGGAGGGGACGUGCUGCAGGACCUGACGGCGAACAGAGGGCACGUGCAGCGGCUGCGAUUUGUAGAGCAUGGGGUGACGAAGUUUGAUCUCUUGUCAAACAGAGUGCAAACCUUCUUUGAUGUCAAACAGACAUUUCAUGUUGGUUUGCCGGAUGCGCUUCAGUACUCGGGGACGAUUGUAAUCAGCGUGACGGUGGAGGAUGCGGAAAGCUUUGACAGCAUCCAGUCUGCUUACAUUGAGGUCGCAGGAAGACGAUGUGCCUUCACAGAUCCUGCUACCGGUAACGCCAAAAAUCUGCAGCAGAUUCACUGUAAACUGGAAGUGACCCGCCAAGAAGCGAUGGCUGAUGGUGCUCGGAUCGGUCCGAUCCUCAUCUCUUAUGAUGCCAUUGGCAACAACGGACGCUCGACGUGGAGGAUCGCUGUCGGAGAGAUGAAGGACGAGACAGGCGAGCCUCUUAGAGUCAUGUCGGACGGCGAGCUUAAGUACGUCAACGGCUCUAUCAACGAUGUUGUCUUGUUCCCUCCUCUGAGCAUCCCAGGCGCCGCCUUCACCCUCUGCUCUAUCUCGAGGUACAACGGCAACCGAAAAAAUCGGGUGCUCCAAGCUUCCGACGACUCGUUUCUGCACGGACACUGGAACGGAGGACGAGGACAGUCGUACUACUACGACACCUGGAUCCUUCAGCAGGACCUGAGCACCACGGCAGACGAGUGGGUGGUGCUGUGCGGACAGAACUACCAGUACGGGAAGUUCUUCCUGAACGGCGUGGAGUAUGAACGAUCUAUGCCAACCUUGCCUGACAGCUUGCAGCUCUCUAUCAACGACUUGAGCUGGCAUCCUAGUGUCGGCUACUUCCUGGAUACCUCAGACUGGGCGUUGAGCGAGGUAGCAAUCUGGAGGGGAGUGCUGCGGGCAGAUGAGAUCAGAGCUGUCUCCGAUCAUCUGCUGCGGAUGCUCUCCGACGGCAGUAGCGUCCGCUACAACCAGACUCUCAACGUCUCCUGCAGCAUCGUUGGCUCAGCUGUCAACAAGAUCGCUCCCUACGUGUCUUCUGACGGUGGCUGUUACUUCAGCUCUCCAAUCUAUCAGUCCACCUGUGAUGCCAGCUUGUCCACAGCAAGCCGCGUCUGCCUCUGUGCAGCGCCAUGCCUGGAGGACUUCUACGGGCAAGCGGAGGAGUGCUUCCGAUGUCCCUUCUUCUCUCACUCGCAGCCUGGCAGCUCCUCCAUACGCGACUGCUCCUGCCAGCAAGGGCGCUACCUCUACGUCAACUCCUCCGACGCCCCCUGGGGCCCCCAGGGCUCCUGCGAAUCCUGCCCGCCUCACGCCUGGUCGCCUACCGGCAGCUCCUCCGUCAACCAGUGCCAGUGCAUCGGCGGCUACUACCUGGACGAGGGGCCUUCCUGCUCCUCCUGCCCGUCCGGUCUCAAGUCGCCCUACGGGAGCUCGUCUUUGAACGAGUGCAUGUGCCCGGCAGGCGCGUACAAGUCUGAAGGGAACUGCUCGUCGUGUCCUGCUUACAGCACGUCCAAGGCUGGCAGCACAUCAGUGGAAGACUGCUUCUGCAUGCCGGGCUUCGGAGUGAAAGCAACGGGAUUCAGCAGGCAGAUCACCUCUCCUAGCGAUCGCUGCGAACCCAACCUAAGGGAACUGAUCCUAGCGGACAUGAAAGGAGCCUCUUGCUCACAAGUGUGUCAGUCUGAGAACCUUGCGUGUGUGGAGGAAGGGCAGCCGGUGCUGAGGGAGGAGGAGAUCAGUCUCCUGCUCUCCACUUGGGGGUUCCCUGUCUCCGGCAUCGUCGGCACCAACAGCCUAGAUGCCCCGUCCUACAACCCCGAGACGCAACAGGCCUUCUUCCGCUAUGGCUUGCCCGGCAUGUGCGGAGCCACUGACUCAAGCAACCUGAGAAUCUGUCGAUGCACGUGCGACGACAACCAGUACGGCAAGACAGGCAACUGCUCGUCAUGCCCGGCGAAUAGCCAUUCCUCCUUCCAAGCACAGGAGGCGUCAAGCUGCAUGUGCGACUCCGGCUACUUCUUUGACGCGUCCGCGGGAACCUGCAGUCUCUGUCCCAGCGGAAACUACACGGAGGAACAGCGGUUCGUGGACCGAGACUUCGGGCUGAACGGAGGAUCGGGUUGGCGGGGGACGGAGAAGACCUCGAGCUGCGGGUCAUACGGGUCAGUGCUAGGAGGGUUCAACGUGCUGGGCGAGCAGUCGAGCUUGACCAAGACGUUCACGGGCUUGUGCCCGCAUGGCUUCCUUCACAUCUGGAUGCGAGUGCUACUCAUCGACUUCGUGCAGCCUGUGACGUUACGUCUGACGGUCGACCGGAGGGAAGUGUGGAGCGAGUCGAUCCCAGCCUCGUCCUCCUCGCUCUCUGAGUGCGGGCAAGCGGCAGGGGAGGAGAUGAUCGAGCGUCUCAUACGGGUGUAUCACACAGAAGAUCAUGUGGAGGUGAACAUCCAGGUGGACUAUGACUACUGGGAGGUCAGCGCUGCAACAGCCAAGACGUUCUGGGGGCUCAAGGAGCUCUCUGUCGUCCUGCCAUGCUCGAGCUCAGCUGACUGCAGCAUGACGUCAUCAGCGUAUCAGACAUGCUCGGAUGUGCAGGGAAGCGCAGCAGCCUGCUUGAGGGUAGGCGAGUACCUCUACGUGUACCACUAUGGGUACUUCUUGAGCUCUCAGAUAGAACCAACGUGCAAGCAGAUCGGGAGAGGAGGACAACUUGCCUACUUUCCCGAUCGAAAGACAUACGAUGAGCUGAGGUCAAGAUUGUCACUGGGGCUCUACACCAGGAUUGGUCUGAGCGUUGAGCGAGGAUCUUCUUACUUCCGGUGGACGGCUGGAGGAGCCUUCUCCUCUCAGACCUGGGGAGACGUGGGUCCACAGCUGAGCGGGGAUGAUGCUUGUGUAGUACUUUACGAUAACUCUUGGUUGCCGCUUCAGUGCUCUGACAGCGCAACGUAUUUGUUGUGCAGUUACCCGAUUGCUGCUCAGUGA